UUUAAACUAAACAACACCUAAGGCUCAGCGUACGCCUACGAUAAGUUAGCUAAUAAAUUAACGCUUUUAUCAAUCAAGCCGUCGAGUCGAGCCGUUUCCGUGUGUAUAAAGCAGCGCUUACACAAACGCACAACAGCUAUUUAAGUGAACAUAAUGCGCGGACAGAAUCUGAUCAGAAACGUUUCGUGUCAGCAAAUGAUGAGGAGAAACAUUAAUUAUGUGCUUUAAUUAUAAAAUGCGUUUCGUGACGCAAGAAUCAUAGCUGAAAAUGCAAUCCCGCGCGUUUCCUUCCUACGGCCAACGAUCCAUGACAAUCACGUGAUCUUAUUGCUUCAUGUGGGAGACUGGUAAAGCUGGCAGAAAAGAAAACUGUAUAACAACGGUUACUAACUCGUAUGAUUGCUGUGGCCAAGGUCUAGAACACGCAACGUGUUUUGUCAACUGACUAUAGGUUUAUAGUGUCUUCAUAUUAUCAAUUCACUAUCAGCUGUAGUAUGGCAAAUAUGAACAUAAAUUUUGUUUUACUGUUUUACUGCCUUUAUUAAACUGAGCUGUGCUUUCAGUUAAGACACACUUUCACUUCUUUUUAAAGUAAUGUAAACAAGUUUAAUAUGUUUAUAUGACUAUAUUUGUCCUUUUGUAUUUACAUUAUUGAACCAAAUAGCAAAACCGUUGCUCAGUUAAUCAAUACCCUGAACAGUACGAUGAUAAUUCUUCCACCUUUUACAUAAGUACCUACUGCUGCUUGGUAAAGACAACUUACUAUAUCUUCUUAUUUCCUCGUUCCAUGAACAAACGAUGCGCGUUUGCUUUGUAGCAGCUUUGCUUCAGGUCUGCCGUCACACUGCUUCCGCAACGGACCAAAAUAGAAAUUGAAUCAUAAACGAAAUAGCUACGAACUAACGAACACCAUUUUCAAUUUUAGCUACACACAACUAUUCACAAGGAGAUAUGCCACCAAGACGUCUCUCAAUGCCGCUUUCUUAUAACUUCAAAAACAACCCGAUUACCUUUGAAGUUUCAAACUUCCGCUGUUAGCUUGUCCAGUCUGUCAGUUCCGCUAUUAUCUUUGUUACUUUAUGAUCAGCAUAGUCUGUUUAUUAUUUUUAUAACACACGGAUAAAUUGUAAGAUGUAACUUCGGCCUGUUCGUCAUUUACUAUGUCUAAAGUAUAAUUCUAUGUCUUUGAUGAUGCAUGACGAAAUAAAAUCUUUAUAAAAUAGCGUGUGUUCGAAAUUUAUAUACACAGUACGCAGUGCUGUAUAAGAUCCUCUUUGGCAAUUCGCCCACAGUGGAUUUCGGAUAUUUGUAGUUUCGUUGUAAACAAAGUGUGAGAGCCUAGUCUUUUAUUACCUCCCUUUAAUUGUGUUUGUGAACAAUGAGUAGCGCAUCUACAAAAGCGUUAUCCACAGUUCUUACCGAGCAGGAAGAAGAUUCUUCGCAGUUGCAGUUCCCACAAGAGUUCGAAAGCGCAGAGACUUUGCUUAAUUCAGAAGUUCACAUGCUUCUGGAGCAUCGAAAAUCCCAAAACGAAAACGCAGAUGACGAGCAAGAACUUUCAGAAGUCUUUAUGAAAACUUUGAACUACACGCAACGGUUCAGCCGAUUCAAAAACCGCGAAACGAUUACGAGCGUUAGAGGCUUGUUGCUGCAAAAGGAUCUUCAUAAAUUCGAACUGGCAUCACUUGCAAAUCUGUGUCCAGAGACAGCAGAGGAAGCAAAGGCACUUGUCCCAAGUUUAGAAGGAAGAUUUGAGGAUGAGGACCUUCAGCAAGUCUUGGAGGAUAUCCAAACCAAACGAAGUUUUCAAUGUUGAAAUAUUACUAUAUUAGAAAUGGUGAAAAAUAUUCAGAAUGAAUGUCCGAGAGGGAAAUGAGAAAAUGCGGAAUCCACAGCUGAAAAUUUUCUUAUUAUUUUAUCUUCAAAGCAGAUGUUCUUAUAAAGAAUUAGAUGUUUACUUUAUUUCAACCAUAUUCCAAAUCUUGUCAUCGAACAGUUUCUAUUUUUUUUUGUAGAAUACUAAUGCCGGUAUAUUUGUUUGUUUACAAAAUUUGGGAUAUUCAUUUCUUUGAUCACUAGUUGAAUUUUGAAGUGCGCUUGUGUACAACUACAUUGUCAUAACUUGUUUUUAUUAGAAAA